UAAGUAAAUUCUGGAAUGGUGAAGCGCAAAGCGAGGAGGCUCAGAAUAAAUACAAAUUACAAGUUUAGUGGGGCAGAGACAGAGAGAAAGGGAGAGCGCAGAGCCACAAUGAUGCCGAGAGUGGCCAUGUCAUGGCGCAAUGGACUCAGAAUGAGAAUCCCAUGGAGAACCAGAGCCCUCAACACCUUAAACGACGACGUUCACUCCUCCCGCCCAAUUAUCGUGUCUCCUCCUCUUGUCUCUCUAGACAUUCCUGACGAUUGGACUCCUUCUCCACCCUCUUCACAUUUUGAUUUUCCUAUCAAUUGCUCCCAUGAGCAGACUACUGCUGUUAUUGAUGGGAAGUCUAUUGCGGACGAUAUUAGGUCGAGAAUAGGGAGUGAGGUAAGGAGGAUGAAAGAGAACAUUGGAAUGGUGCCUGGGUUGGGUGUAAUUAUGGUUGGUCAGAGAAAGGACUCUGAGACUUAUGUCAGGAACAAGAUGAUGGCUUGUGAAGAAGUUGGAAUUAAAUCAAAUGUGGCUCACCUGCCUGAGCAUUGUACAAAAGAUCAGCUUCUUAAAGCUUUGUCAAAGUUUGAUGUGGAUCCCUCUGUUCAUGGUAUUCUCGUGCAACUUCCUCUACCACAACAUUUGGAUGAGAGAAAAAUUAUGGAUGUGCUGAGUCCGGAGAAAGAUGUGGAUGGCUUCCAUCCAAUUAAUAUGGGAAAUCUUGCCAUGAGAGGAAGGGAGCCUAUGUUUAUUCCAUGCACUCCAAAGGGUUGCAUUGAGUUGUUGCUCAGGUCUGGCGUGGAAAUAGUUGGGAAGAAAGCUGCUGUCAUUGGCAGAAGUAAUAUUGUAGGAUUGCCCACAUCGUUGCUUUUGCAGAGGCACCAUGCAACAGUCAGCAUUGUACAUGCAUUCACAAAGAACCCAGAACAUAUCACCUGUGAAGCUGACAUUGUGGUCACAGCUGCAGGAGUGCCUAAUCUUGUCCGUGGAAAUUGGCUAAAACCGGGAGCAGUUGUCAUCGACGUUGGGACCAAUCCAGUUGAGGACCCUAGCUGUGAGCGAGGUUAUCGCCUCAUAGGAGAUGUUUGCUAUGAAGAAGCAGUGCGGGUGGUGUCAGCCAUUACCCCAGUCCCUGGAGGAGUUGGACCCAUGACAAUUGCUAUGCUUCUAUCAAAUACUCUUGAUUCAGCAAAGCGAGCCUACGCCUUUACUUGAACCGUAAUUUGUUAAUGUAUAGCUUUCUCCAUGUAUUUGAACCACUUUUUUGAGGUCUUAGUGAGGGAACUACUGGCCUGGAUACUUGGUCCACUUUUAACUCUGAUCACAACUAAUGUGUAUUUAGUUACUCAAUGUGUCCAAAUACACUCAAUUUUGUUUUAACAAGAAAGGAUGAUUUUAUUUUUUCUGAA